GGGCGGGCCCGCCUGGCGCAUGCGCGCUGCAUUGUUUUGACUGAAAAUGCCGUCGGUUUCGAAAGCGGCGGCGGCGGCGCUGAGCGGGUCCCCCCCGCAGACGGAGAAGCCGACCCACUACAGGUAUCUAAAGGAGUUUAGGACAGAGCAGUGCUCCCUGUUUGUGCAGCACAAGUGCGCCCAGCACAGGCCAUUUACCUGUUUCCAUUGGCAUUUCCUAAAUCAGCGUCGGCGUAGACCGCUCCGCAGGCGGGACGGCACCUUCAACUACAGCCCGGACGUGUACUGCUCCAAGUACGACGAGGCCAGCGGCGUGUGCCCCGACGGCGACGAGUGCCCGUACCUGCACCGGACGACUGGGGACACGGAGCGCAAGUACCACCUGCGCUACUACAAGACGGGCACGUGCAUCCAUGAGACCGACGCCCGGGGCCACUGCGCGAAGAAUGGGCCACACUGCGCCUUCGCACACGGCCCGCUGGACCUGCGGCCCCCCGUGUGCGACAUCAGGGAGCUGCAGGCCCAGGAAGCCUUGCAGGACGGCCAACUGUGCGGCACGGAUGGUGUCCCUGACCUGCAGCCCGGGGUCUUGGCCAGCCAGGCCAUGAUCGAGAAGAUCCUGGGUGAGGACCCCCGGUGGCAAGACUCCAACUUCGUGUUGGGCAGCUAUAAGACGGAGCAGUGCCCGAAGCCACCACGCCUGUGCCGCCAGGGCUACGCGUGCCCGCACUACCACAACAGUCGGGACCGCCGCCGGGACCCCAGGAGGUUCCAGUACCGGUCCACCCCGUGUCCCAGCGUGAAGCACGGUGACGAGUGGGGCGAGCCCGCGAGGUGUGACAGCGGGGACAGCUGUCAGUACUGCCAUUCCCGCGCAGAGCAGCAGUUCCACCCCGAGAUCUACAAAUCCACCAAGUGCAAUGACAUGCGGCAGACCGGGUACUGCCCACGGGGCCCGUUCUGCGCCUUCGCGCACGUGGAUAAGAGCCUCGGGACGGCUAACGGCUGGGGCUGCCGAGAUCCGGCGCCCGCCCCCGCCAGCAGCUCUGUGGCCAGCAGCGGCCAGCCUGCACAUGCAAAGCGGAGAGAGUCCCCUGCCGAGGGCAGCCACCGGGCCAGCGAGCAGGAUGGCAAGCAGAACCACCUGUCCGUGUCCAUGGUGGCUCACCCGCUUGCCCCUGGUGUGGGGUCCAGCGCCGGCUCCAGCAGCUCCUCCCCGACCGCCCUGCCCACCCUCCCGGCCUGUGCCCACCCGCCCGAGCCCCCCAGCGGUGCUGCUGAGCCCGUCCCAGGUCCUUCUCUGGACCUUCAUCUCCAUGACGUUGGCCUCCCCGCCCUAGACAGAGAGCUGGAAGAGCAUGACAGCGCCGACCUGGGCCCGGCAGGUCCAAGGUCACUGGGGGGCUCGGUGCCUGUCACCGUCCCGGGCUGCCCCCCCCGCUCCCCGUCCCUGCACUCAUCCUCGUCGCUGUCCACCUCCCCGCUCAGCUCGCUGUCCCAGUCCCUGUCGGGGCCUCUCGUCUCCUCGGCCAUGACGCCCCCCCAGCAGCCGCCGGCCCUCAGGUCGGAGCCCGGGGCGCUGGGCCCCUCCGCCGCAUCCUACAGCUCCUUAGGCUUGAACGGCGUCCCUGGGAGCAUCUGGGACUUUGUUUCUGGCAGCUUCUCACCCAGUCCAUCCCCCAUCCUGAACAGCGGCCCUGCCCCGCCGGCAAGCACGAGUCCCAGCGGUGCUGAGCUGGCACGUGUCCGGCGGCAGCUGGACGAGGCCAAGAGGAAGAUCCGGCAGUGGGAGGAGUCCUGGCAACAGGUGAAGCAGGCCUGUGACGCAUGGCAGCGGGAGGCGCAGGAGGCGAAGGAGCGGGCCCUGGCGGCAGACAGCGCGCGGCAGCUGGCGCUGCAGAAGAAGGAGGAGGUGGAGGCCCAGUUCCGGCGGCUGCAGGAAGAGCUGGAGGGCCGCGGGUUGCGGCGCUGUGCCGACCUGGGCGCCGUCCCUCUGCCCCAGCUGCACUCGCUGCAGAGUCGGCUGCGCCUGGACUUGGAAGCCGUGGACGGGGUGAUCUUCCAGCUGCGAGCCAAGCAGUGCGCCGUGUGCCGGGAGCGCGCCCGUGGUGCCGUCCUCCAGCCCUGCCAGCACCGCGUGCUCUGCGAGUCGUGCGCUGCGGGCGCGCCCCCCUGCCCCUACUGUGAGGGCCAGCCCCUCCCAUGGUGACUGUUCCUGUGUUCACAGCCUGGGCUGUGGCCGCUGCCUCUCCAGCCUCAGGGGUGCACCCCCCCGGAGCCCGCCCGGCCAGCCCCACAGGCUCAGGAAUGACGCAGGUGACCUUGCCAAGCACUUUGUAAACUGGGGGCGUUACACACUCUGAGUUGCUGUAAGCUGCUUUCUAGGUUUGUGGUUUUUUAAUACGCGAUAAUGCGAAGCUUUAUAUGUGGACUGUGAACUUACAGUUUCCUGUCCGUUCGUUAACCCGUGGUAUGGUAAAGCUCUUAGAUUUCCUAUUCUGAAAUGAGUACUUAAUGAAAUGAGCGUUUAUCUAGUAGUGAGAAAUGCCUAAUUUUUUUAGUUUUCCAGUUAAGUGCAAACUAUCUGUAGCAGUGACGCCGAAAGACAGUCUGCGGAAGGACCCUCACCCUGUGCGCACUCGCUAACUGGUUUUCUAGGCCAGGAGCACGCAGUGGCGCCAGGCGCCGAGCCCCGAUCGUGCUCCAUGACCCGCAGCCGCUUGUCUAAGUGCCUGAGCCUCACAUGAGGGGCGGACGAGGCCCUUCCCUCGGGCUUGUCGCUCCCAGGGGCCUGAUGGCGGAGGCUCUCACGUUCAUCUUGCAAAGCCGUCCCUGAGCCUCUGCAGCCCUUGGAGCCUGCCGGGCCCCCCAUUGGGCUGCCUGAGGCCAGAGACUCACCCCCUGCUCCAGGGUAGCCCAGGGGGUCACCAGGGUCACUCAGGUGACCCCAGGCUUGUAGGGAGAGCCCAGCCACCUGGCCCUGGCAAAAAUGCUCCUGAGAGCUGGUGUGGUUUUGGGGACGACCUGAAUUUUCUCUGGUCCACGCUGGGUUGUUUUCCUAGAAAUCUGGGGAGAAGCAGAGGAUGUGUGUAGUCGGCCCAGACUUUGUCGUCCUCGUGACGCUGUAGAGGCGGCGGGAACAGGUGCGGCCCCUCUGGCCCGGAGGUCUGGGCCCACACGUGGCUUUGCCAAAGACUUUUCAUAGCAUUUUGUAAGCGGCUCGGUGUAAAUUCUUAUCAGUAACCAAAUAUUUACUAGAGUAAGAGGUUGAAAACCUUUCUUAACUUAGGACAUACCGAUAGCUCUCACUUCCAGGGUGGCUCCAUGACAUUCCGCAGCUGGCCCGCUAUGAAGGUGACUGUUGACUUGGUUUUAGUGAAUUUACUUUGUUUUUAAUGACAGUGAUGAUUUAUUAGCUCUUAGAAAUUACGUAUAUUUUGUGCUACUGUUAUCACCAUUUAAAAUUCUUUAUUUUUAUUAAUAUUUAUGCAUCGUUUCCCAUUUUAGGCCUUUGGUCAUUUUUGGGAAACAGGACAAUGUUUAUUAUCAGUACCUAGUCUAGACGUUUUCAAAGUGUGGACUAAGGGCAGGCACUUCAGCUUGAAGCCUGUAGAAGUUGCUCUGGUUGGUUCUUGCCCUGCGGUGGGCAAGACAGGAGCCAUGGGGACCCAGAGAACCGCCCGAGUGGGCCCCCGGGGGACUGCCUGUUGGGGUCCUUCCCGCCCCGUGGGUGGGGAGCCUUGGCUAACCUGCAGGUGGGUGGCCACGGUGCUGGGUGUAGCUGUUCCCGCCUCUCGGCGCUCGUGGUUGUGGCCACGUCCCGCCUCCGUGGCCGGUGUAACUGGGGCCACAGGAGACCUCACUUGGUGGGUGGCUUCGUGGGGGGGAUUUAGGGAAGCCUCCGCUUAUGUUCUAAGUACUAGAGGAGAACGUUACCGGAAUGGAACUUUAACCCAGAAAGUAGUAUUUAUAAUGCAUAAUCAUUUACUUGUAGUGAAUUUUUCCGAGUUAACACUUGUUUAAAGUUUUUUACACUACAGCAUUUAUGCAGCGGUUUACAGAAUCCAUGGAAUUAUUUUUAUCAGUACAGGAAUUAAUUAAAACUUUGAGUCUUUA